AUGUUUGGCGGUACUGGCUCGCCGCCGCUGGAUAAGGACAACGCAGGUUCACCGUCGCGCGGCUCUUCGCCCGCGUCAUCGGCCACAAGCGCGGCAAAGCCUGCUGAAGAGAGCGGUUCGGGAGAGAAGCGUAGUGGCAAUGGAAGCCCUCCGGGAGGACGACCGACCGCUGAUAAUGGGGGCGUGGCGGAGAAGAAACGUAGGAGUAGUGGGGUUGGUAGCAAGGCCAGCUCGUUCCUUGCCAGUGCAAAGAGCUCUCUGCAUUUCAGCCCCAAUCCCAAUUCCGCGGGGUUUAUGCGUAGCUCAGAGCAAAACAACCAAACUCCCUUGCAAAAGCUGGGAAGGCAAGAUCCCGCGCUCAGCGUCCCUCAAGGGCAGCAUAACAACUCCGCGGGCGAAUCGGUCCCCGGUCCUCGCUCUACCUUUGCCGUAGGGGUAUGGGAAGACAAGAAUAAGAAGUGUCGCCGAACGAUGGAAGAUACACAUGCCUUUCUAUAUAACUUCCUACAUACGCCCGCACCAGCCUUAGCAACGGACUCUGCUACGACCAGCCAGAAGGCGCAAAAGUCGACAGAUGAGCUCACUAACGAAUCCUCAAAUAGCCUUCCUCCCCCGUCCUCUACCGAGAUGAUGGAGACUGAUAAUGGUUACUUCGCUAUUUUUGACGGCCAUGCUGGCACCUUUGCGGCAGAUUGGUGCGGAAAGAAACUCCACCUCAUCUUAGAAGAAACCAUAAAAAAGAAUCCAAAUACCCCUAUUCCCGAACUCCUCGAUCAGACCUUCACAACCGUCGAUAACCAGCUAGAAAAGCUACCCUUAAAGAAUAGCGGCUGCACCGCAGUCACAGCAGUGCUUCGGUGGGAAGAUAGGAUACCAAACACCCAAUCGGCAACUGGGUCAACAGCCAUCGCACCUGCUACUGCAGCGGCAGUCAAGGCUGCAACUGAGGCGGCAAAGAGCGAGGACAAGUCCGGUGACAGUGGAGUUGACAUGAGCAAGACCCCAUCACAACAGCCCAAUGCGGCCUCAAGUGCGGCAGCUUCUACAACGUCAAGUGAAGCAACCCACGCUAAACUUAAGACACAAGCAUCGCGCCAUCGUGUCCUGUAUACGGCAAAUGUUGGAGAUGCACGUAUUGUACUCUGCAGAAGUGGUAAAGCGCUAAGGUUAUCCUAUGAUCACAAAGGCAGCGAUGAGAACGAGGGCAAGCGCAUUUCAAAUGCCGGCGGGCUUAUCCUUAAUAACCGCGUUAACGGCGUUCUGGCUGUUACUAGGGCUUUGGGAGAUGCCUACAUGAAAGACCUAGUAACCGGUCACCCUUAUACCACGGAAACCGUCAUCCAGCCUGAUUUGGACGAGUUCAUUAUUCUUGCCUGUGAUGGGUUAUGGGACGUCUGCUCUGAUCAAGAGGCCGUGGAUCUCAUCCGAAAUCAUGCUGAUCCAGUCUCUGCCGCCAAAUGCCUCGUCGACCAUGCUUUGGCGCGCUUCAGCACCGACAAUCUAUCUUGUAUGAUCGUCCGCUUCAAUAAGACAGCUCUUCUCUCAACCGUUAAAGACGCGUCCGCCGCGAUCGGUGUGGAGGGUGACCCCGCCUGCCAUCCGGGCAAAUGCAGCGAAGCCGAGAAAAUUGUCAACGACGCAAGAAGAAAAGUCCAACAAGAUGGUGUCCAUGCCGUAGGUGUAAGCGGAAGCAACAGCGGUAAGGGCCACGACCCUAUACCGAUCGAAGAAGAUGAGCAAGCCAAGCGGAUUAGCAUGGAGAAGGUCAUCGAGGAGGAGCCUGGUUUCGUCGAGGGUGAUGGCCCGGAGGUGGAUAUUUCAGGCAGCAACGCAGCGGAUCCUGCUGUCAGAGACAAGCUGAAGUUGCCUGAAGGAGCGCCGAAGUGA